GGCCGAGAGCCCGCGCGCCGCCAACAGAUGUGGGAUGGCGCAGGACUUCUGGAAGCUACAGAAGCUCCUCUUCCUGAACGGGGGACCCAAAGCGAGCUGUGACCUUGUCUCCCUGGCAGCCUGUGCUCCCAACCCUGGAGUCCUGUUCUUCCUCUCCGUCCUGCCCCUCCGGUUCGCCCCUACUCUACCGGCCACAGUACAAGUCCCCGAAAGAGCUGGCAUGCUCCCGCUCUCCACUCCCACUGCCAUUCCCUCUGCGCCCACUCCAGGACUCAUGGAAACUUCCUCCACAUUGCCAAGUCCAGCAUGCUGCCCUCGGCUUCAUUUUACAAGCCUCUCCAGAGCAUCGGAGACCCUGAAAUGCUUUCCAUGCAGGCCUCCUAGGCCCGCCCCUCCGGACUUUCCUCCAGCCUGCCACCCCCAGUCUCCUCCUCCCCCGCCUCUAAGCACAGAAGGUGCAGGCCUGUCCUUGGACCACUUCUCAUCUCCAUCUGUACCCACUCAGGUAACCUCAUCCACAUUCAGGACUUUAAAUGCCACCUAAAACACGCCCACAUUUACAUCUCAAACUCAGAACUCCCCAGAACUCCAGACUUGCGUAUCCACCACCUACUCCCCAGCUCUGCUUGGGUGUCAGGCGCAAGCUC